GACUGACGGUGCGUGAGUGUCACAUGUCACCAUAAACAAGCGGCUGUUUGACAAGCGCCUCAACCCUCAGAGAGACGCUCUCAGGUCAGCAGCAGCUUCCGGACCGGUGGACAGACUUGGGCGGCUAUGGCGAGUGGUGACAGCUUGGAUACCUUUGAAUCGUGGCUGAACAAGUCUACAGAUCCAAAUAAUGAGGAAGACCGAUGGGACUGCAUAGAGGGUUUCUAUAAACUCGUCAUCCAAGAGACUGAGGGGCCACAGAUAGCGCUUCGUCUUAUUGCCCAUAAGAUCCAGUCCCCGCAGGAGAAGGAAGCUCUGCAAGCCCUUACUGUUCUCGAGGCAUGCAUGAACAACUGCGGGAAGAGGUUCCACAGUGAGGCUGCAAAGUUUCGCUUUCUGAAUGAGCUUAUUAAAGUCUUAACACCAAAGUAUUUUGGCGCGUGGACUCCACAGAAAGUUAAAGACAGAGUGACAGAGGUCCUCUACGGCUGGACCCUCUGGCUUAAAGAAGAACCAAAAAUUCAAGAAGCCUACAGCAUGCUGAAGAAACAAGGUAUUGUAAAGACAGAUCCCAAACUGCCAGAAACACUUAUCAUGGCUCCUCCUCCACAAAGAACCACAGAAUCUGUUUUUGAUCAGGAGGAUAAGGCCAAGCUCUUAGCAAGAUUAUUGAAGAGUGGCUGUCCAGAAGACCUGGAAACUGCCAACAGACUCAUUAAAAGCACAAUCAAAGAGGAGCAGGAAAAGGCUGAGAAAGUGGAAAAGCGUGAGUCAACUCUACUGGAGGUGGAUAGCAGCACCAAGCAGCUCCGAGAACUACUGGAUCAGCACACAGUUACUGGAACUUUAUUACAGCCCAGUGAUGAUGUUAAGGAGCUAUAUGAACGCUGCGACCGACUGAGGCCCAGCCUGUUCAGGUUGGCUAGCGACACGACGGACGAUGAUGCAGCUCUAGCACAAAUCCUGGCAGCAAAUGACGAGCUGACGCGUGUAGUGAAUGCCUACAAAGAUCUGAUGGCAAGAGGAACAUGUCACCCAGGCAGAUCAAGAAGCAAAAGUGAAGAAGUAACAAGCAAAAAUAUCUGUUCGAUGAACCGCAGAGAGAUAAAGAGUUACCACCUCAUCGAUCUAUCAGCUCUGGACUCUCCACAGAUCCAAAGAAAAGCUGAUUCAUCACCUCCAUUUGAGUCUUCUUCACCAAUGUUCUCCUCUCAUUUAGACAACACCUUUUUUUCAGGACCAGAGCCGGACUUUGAGUUUGAUGAUUUGGUCACAAAACAAAUCCAGCGGAACCCAAAGUCAUAUUACGAGGAGCUUAUGCAGAUUGACAAAGGCUGUCAGAUGACUAAUGGUAACCAGAAUGGAGGGAGAGAAAUUUUACUGAGAGCCCGUGGAUGUGGAGAAAGCAGUGAUUCAUCAGAUGUAACAAAUGGCUGGUCGCAUUUCCCAUCUCAGCUGGUCGCAGGAUCAGGAUCAAAUGAAGAACCAAAUAAAGGGUCUGGGUCACCGCUGAUACUGCAGGAGAGCUGUCACCCCCCUUCGUCGCUGAAGAACAUCUUUGUUCCUUUAGAAACCAUCAGAUCCAGUCAGCUGGAGCCAAUCACAUUGUACAACAGGGCUGGUAUCCAUGUGUCACUCCAUUUUGCCAGAGACUGUCCAUCUGGUCAUCCAGGUGUGGCGGUGGCCGUCAUGUCCGCAGUGAACACAUCUGCCCUCAGUGUGAAGGAUUUCAUGUUUCAAGUUGCUGUUCCCAAGAGCAUGCUGGUUAAACUGCAGCCAGCCUCCCGGACACAGCUUCCUCCUUACAACCCUCUGCUGCCUCCACCUGCAGUCUCACAAGUCCUGCUGUUAGCUAAUCCUGAAAGUCGUAAAGUUCGGCUACGCUACAAGCUGACUCUGAUGUACGGUGACCAGCAGCUAAUUGAAACAGGAGAGAUCGACAGCUUUCCUGACUGGACGACUUGGACUGGGCAAAAAUUUAAAAUUACACAAACUCAAGAAUAUCACUCUGCUGGACCUACAAUCUAAACAUUUUAGGCAAAGAAAAGAAAAAUGAAGUGACUGGGUAAGGAACAAGGCGACUAAAACAAGAAUGAGGUUCAUAGGGAAUAAAGCAAUGCAUCAUCAACGAGUUUUAAAUUGUUCAGUGCUACAAUACUAAAGUGUUAGAUACAGUGAGCUCAAAAAAUCUCUGUCGCAGUCAAUCCGAAGCUUUUGCUGGAAUAACAGCAUCAGCUGGGAUGCAGUCCGCAGAACCGAUAGACUGGUGUAAGACCUUACUCAGGUGGUAUUUUGUAGUGUUAUAUAUGCAUGCACCUGGUUUAAAUUGUUCUGCAGAUCAACAUUAGACCUCUUUGUAAACAGGUUUGGAAUAAAAUUCAGUCUUUAAUAUUUUUAAGUCAUGCUAAAGAGUGUUUAAGUUGUUAAAAUUUAAAAAUGUGAUAUUUGUUGUUCUAUUAUGGGCUCUAUGGGCUUUGAUUUAAUAAUCCUCCUUCUGCUGUGGUUUUGUUAACCUAUUAGUAUGCAUACAUAUUACUGGAUACAUGUGUGCACUUUAGAACUUUUUCAUUUGCCUACUUUAAAAAAAUAACACCCAAAAUUUCACCGUAAAGUCUCCUCAAAGUGCCUUUAAGAUGGAACAUUUAUUAUUUUAGUGAAUAUUUAUUGAGAGAACCUGAUGUUUCAUAAUGGAGUAAAGGUGUGUUAUUUUGUUUUUGUCACAGACUUCAUAAAAACGUUUAAAGAUAUUUAAGGUUAUGCAUGUUUUGAUUCCAGUUACAUUUCAAGUAAACCUCUGUGCCACUUAAAUCAAACAAAGGCUCUUCAGUCAAGAAAACCCUGUCAGAAACAAGGGAAUGAGAAGGAAACUGAGUGAAAUACUGUAAAUCUUUUUCCCCAUGUGACAGUAAAAACUGAUCAUUAUUGCAAGUCUUAUAUAAACUCUUAUCAACGUUAUCCCAUGUUCUUAUAUAUUGUUUUUGGUUGUUUUUUUCACUCCUGAAAAUAUGUGCAGCUGAUCUUUUUGCUGUCAUCACCUAAGUAUUAUCUUUUCUGCAGUCUCAUAUUGUAUUGUCAAGCCACUAUUUGCCAAUAAAAAGCCUGUGGUUUUAUAAAUAUA